UUUUCAUUUUUCAAUCACCCACUGUUUUUUUGUUUAGCUCAUGUAGAUACUAUACAGGCUACAGCACAGCUAAUACAGUGUUUAGUUAAGAUUCUUAUAAACCGGGGUAAUCCUUUAUCGUUCGUUGAUAAGGAUAAUAAAUAAUUCACCAGUAAGUGCAUUUGGCGCUAAGGAAAAUGAGUAGCAAUGGAGGUGACGAAAAUGGUUUGCGAUAUAGAAGGGCGCUAAGUGUAACUAAAGCCGAAGAAAUAACCGAAAAGGAAAAGAAGGCUCGCAAAUUACAGUUGGAUAAACCGAUCCACAAACCCAGGGAUUCACUAUUCUCAUGGAACUCCGAAUUCACAAAUUUUACUGGAUUAGUCAAUUGGGGUUUCCUUAUGCUCACCAUAGGAGGACUUCGGUUGUGCUUAGAAAAUUUUCUAAAAUACGGAAUUCGUGUCAACCCCUUUGAGUGGCUUAUAGUGCUGACAGGUUACCAUGAGGGUUAUACUCAUCAAUAUCCAUCUCUUGCUCUUUUAAUUUUUAGUGUGGUCCCAGCAGUUCUUAGUUUAUUGAUUGAGAAGUCUAUGGCAGUAGGAAUAAUAGCACAGAAAAUCGGCAUAAGCUUGCAAAUAAUUAACAUUAUCACUGUCAUAACUUUGCCUGUUAUUGUGAUAUUCUUCAAAGGUUCCGAAUUCAGCUUUGUGGGCAUAACAACAGUGUGUAUGAUAUACCUCAUACUGUUCCUGAAGUUGUGGAGUUAUAGUCAAACGAAUCAUUGGUGCCGCCAAGGAUUAAAAAACAAAAAGAAUGUAAACCAAUUGCGACGACAAAGUUUAUCCGCACCAAAUUGGAAUGAAUUACUGAACGCAGAGCAUGCAGAGCAACCCGUGGAGGAGGUGAAAGACGAAGUGAUGGCGGGCCUCACCAAGUACCCUGAUAACUUGAACCUGAAAGAUCUCUUCUACUUUCUGUUAGCACCAACGCUUUGCUAUGAACUUAACUUUCCACGUACCACACGGAUUCGCAAAAGGUUUCUCAUCAAGAGGUUAAUAGAAGUGAUGUUUGGAGUGAACUUAAUGCUGGCGCUGUUCCAACAGUGGAUGAUACCAUCUGUGAAGAAUUCUGUGUUUUCCUUCUCACAGAUGAGCUUUGUUGCAAUGGCUGAAAGGUUGUUGAAGCUGGCUGUGCCCAACCACCUCAUCUGGUUGUGCUGUUUUUACCUGAGCUUCCACUCGUUCCUGAACCUGAUGGGCGAGCUGCUGCACUUCGCGGACCGCAAGUUCUACGGGGACUGGUGGAACGCCAACAAUAUCCAGGCGUUCUGGAGCUCGUGGAACAUACCGGUCCACAUGUGGGCGCUCCGCCACGUGUACAUCCCCAUCACGGACAUGGGCUACAGCAAGACCCACGCCAGCAUCGUAGUCUUCGUCAUUUCGGCGCUGUUCCACGAGUAUUUGGUGAGCGUCCCCCUGCAGAUGUUCCGUCUAUGGGCGUUCCUGGGCAUGAUGGCCCAACCGCCGCUGUCCGUGAUCUCGCGGGUCGCCGAGCUCCGCCUGGGGCCGCGUUGGGGCAACCUGCUCGUGUGGAGCUCGCUCAUCAUCGGCCAGCCGCUAGCCAUCAUGAUGUACUACCACGAUUACGCCAUCGCCCACAUGGCGCCGCAGCCGUAGACAACAUAGAUUAGCGCUGGAACAGAGCAGAGCAGUCAUAGACAACAUAGAGUAUAAAUAAACCCUUAUUUCCAAUUGUAGAGCAUAAUGCUACUCAGUGCCGCACAAUGCCGAAGUGUUGGUACCUACGUGAAUCAAAUUGAUGUAAGCUUGAUUGUGCGAAGUGUUGUUUUGAUUAAAACAUUCAAUGAUAAGCAUUAUGCUGCUCAUUGCGUUCUAGUGCUCCAAUUGGGAAACGGGAAUUACGGGGAGAGUUGAUAUGGUAUUUGAUAUUUGUGUAAUGGUCUGUGCUCGCUCUUUCCAGAAUGUUCUUAUAAAUCAAUUGUGUGCUCGACAUCCAAUAUUGUCCUCUCUUUGCCCAGUUUCUGAGGCUUUUGACAAGGUUUUUAUUUAUUUAUUUCAAUCUAUCAUCACAGGAAUACGUUAUUUAUGUCUUCAUGGUAGUUAUUGGUGGGUGAAUGUUUUGUCAUAAGCUGAUAUGUUUGCAGUAGCACUAAGUAAACAUAUAAAACUUUUGUCAAAAAACCAUUGAAAUGGGGCACACAUCUAUUAUUAUUAUUGUACUGAAUAAUGCUAAUCUUUUCAAUUUGUUCGAAGACAAAUAUUUUCUUUUUAUAUUUAAAUAUUAUUAGUUUUUUUUUAAUAUAUAAUAAUAAGGGUUUUAAAAACAAUCAUACUAGUACAAUUUGUAGGUUAGGGCUUAACUGACUGGGUUAUAUUUUCAUGCAUAACAUAUUUUUAAUUUUGUAAGCCGCAAACUUACAUUCCAAGGUACCUAAUAGUCAUUACUAUUUCUAAUAUCAGACACUUUAAAGUUUAAAGUAUGAUGAUCGACAGGCGUUUUUAUUUUUUUG